UUGUCACUAUCGGUGGGAGUGUCUGGGUCUGUUUUCGACGUGGCCACAAUAACCGAGAUUAAAUAUCUCGUCAGGAAGUCGCUCAAAUGCCGCCACGUGCCCGGAAUGACGUUGAGCGUUGUGAAAGGAGAUGAUGUGUGGGCGCGUGGUUUCGGCAGCGCGGGCAUCUCGGCUGGUAUUCCGGUGGACAACUCCACUCUGUUCGCCAUUGGCUCCGUUACCAAGUCCUUCACCAUGGUACUGCUCGGUAUUCUACCCUCCGAGAAAAAACUGGACUGGACGGCCAAAGUGAUGGACAUUCUGGGUUCCGAGUACGGCUUUGUGGACGAUUAUCGAACACGGGAGAGCACACUGAAGGACCCUCUCUCGCACCGUACUGGAUUAAUCUGGGCUUUUUUGGCGGGCAUUUCAAAUGUUACCAGAGAACAAUUAUGCAAGUUCGUAAAUGUAAAAUAUCACAUUUCAAAAAAUAAAAGAAAAUAA